GGGUCGCGGGGGUGGGGAGCGCCAGGCGGCGGCACCCACCAAGCUGCCCGCCUAGAUUCUGGUAAGGGACUUGUUCCCUGUUCGCCACCCCCUCCGCCCGCUGCGAGUUCUGUGCGGGAGCUGCAGGGGGGGGGUCCCCUCCUAUGAGCUGCGCGCCCCAUAGCCCGUCCCUGCGGUGCCCGGUGGGGGGGGGGGCAGACCCCACCCUCGCCCGCGGUGCCCCGUUCCCAUAAGCCGCACCCCGCGCGGCGAAGGGCGCCAUAGCCGGCGCCGGGAUCAAAGCUGGGCGAUAUGCGGGCCCCCUGCCCGGGCUGGUGGCACCUGGGGGUGAGGGUGGCAGGUGUCCCGCGAGGGCUGUUGAGCAGCGGCGGCCGCUGGCGAGGGGCGCGGGGCGGCAGCUGGUCACGCUCUGCCCUGUUCGUGACGGGCCCCUCCAGCGGCUGCGGGAGCCCGGCGGGCCCCGAGGCGGGCAAGAAGAGGGGCAAUAAGCCCCUCAAGGAGUGGACGCUGAUUGUCAGCCCGUUCGGCCAGCUGAAGGUGCGGCUGCCUUGCCACGUUACCGUGAGCCCCCUGGACCCACUCCGCUACCCGGAGGCGGACAGAGCGCUGGUCACUGUCAGCGGGGUGGACAGCAGCCUGCCCCAGGGUGUGGAUCUGGAUCGCCUGCAGGUGAAGUACGACGAGGCGCUGAAGGAGAUGACGAUUGUCUCCGACCGCAUGGACAGCAAGGCCGCUGUUGUUGUGAAGACACCUAUGAAGUUUGAUUUGGAUAUCAAGACAUCAGGGACUGGCUGUGUGAAGAUUCAGAAAAUAGAUUGUGAUAGCUGCAGAAUAGAAACUGAGAAGGGGACUAGCAUUUUACAGUCAAUAAAGAGUCAUAAAAUCCAUGUACGAACUAAAGGAGGCAAAGUGAUCUGUCUGGGAACUCUUCAUGGAAAUGCAGAUAUUCAUGCAGCAGAGAAAAGUAGUGUGAAUAUAGAGAAACUACAGGGGACAUCCAUCAAAAUUUCUACUGAAGAUGGUUUGUUGAAAACCAAAUAUCUUUAUGCAGAAUCUUCAUUUCUGUCUUCAACAGCUGGUGAUAUUCUACUGGGAAGCAUUCAUGGUGACACAGCCCUUCAGACUAAAACAGGGAACAUCACAGUAGAUUCCUCGGAUGGAUGUCUAAAAGCUUCUACACAUGAGGGAGCAAUAGAUGUUUAUGUUAGUCAAGUGAGAAAAGUGGAUCUGAAAAGCCAGAAAGGCUCUAUUACAGUCAAGGUACCUGCCUCUCUUAAAGCUUAUUUACAGUUAUCUGGAAGCAAGGUUGAUGUGAGCUCAGAGAUCCAGUUACAGGAAACACAGUGUGCCCCUAAAGAGGGUCACAUAACUAUUACUGGUCAUAUGAAUCAAAUUAAUGAAAGAGACAAAUGGAUAAAGGCUGACACACAGGAUGGCACAGUGUAUCUUAAAAGCCAAAGCUGGUUCCAGUCCAUCAAGCUGCAGGUUCCUUGAGGAUGGAAUAGGCCAAAGGUAUUCAAAAUCAAGGAACGGUGAAGAAAGAUUACUGUACAGUGAUGGUGAAUGCUACUUAUUAAAAUUCAGUAAACAGUACAUUAAGUGAGGACUUUUUUGGCCAACUUUUGUAUAUGUUAAAUGACUGCUUUUAUUUGACUACUGUAUGAAACAGGUUUUACUGUUAGUGCCUUCUACAGUUGCACAAUCCAGUGUAAAACUCAAUUUGUGUAAAACUCGACCCGCACACCCUGCCUAUUCUGAAAGCUAGUGAAUUUCAAGUAAAAGUAUAAAGCCACUGCAAAGAACAUUUUCAACACAGGUUGUUGCCUGAAAAUACAAGAAUUUGAGUUAAGCUUUGUGAUGGUGCCAUAUUCUGUACGCUGCUUUUAAAUGAAUUGUUAUCAUUUGAAA